GUGGGGGGCAGACCAUCCUUUAGCAGGUGUGUUGGGCACCCUUCCCUCCCGUAAGGCAGGAGGGUGGUGUGAUGCUAACACUGUGGCCUGGGGUUCAAGAGAUCUGUUUCACUUCGUGAAGCUGCUACAGGUGUCCCGUGUGCUCUUGGCACAAGGAGAGGAAGCAGCUUGCCUCAGUUUCCGCCCCCCCGCCUCUUAAAAUGGGACUGUUUAAUAUUGCUUCUCUUUGUCUUAUGUAGACUGCAAGCUUUUCAAGACCAUCUAGGCCUCUCCCACUAUUGGGAUAUUGUAGUUUCUCAUAUACAACCUAUACCUCUCCCCCAAAUUCCCCCUAGUUUUGGGGUGCUUUAAGUGGGGAGGCUGUUUUCUUCGGUGGAAAAGCAAGCCUGGAGACAAGGAUGUGCAUGUCAGGCAGCUGCCAAGAGGGUGGAGUCCUUUGUUACCCCCCUCAAUCGUCGUUAUUGGCUGUGCCUGAAGCAGAAGCGAGGCUUGCAAUGUGGAAACACUUUUUAUUAACUUAAAAGAACUUCUCAUGGUAAAGAGUUAUAAUAACAGCCUUGCCGCUGCCCUUGCAAAGGGGUAAUGCACAGUACAUCCUCUUAGAAAUGUAGCAUCCAGAAAGUGUGGCAGCUUAGGAGAUGGUCUGGAUGAGGCAGCUGGCAUCAAGAAGUUUGUGGUGCACCCCAAGUUCCCAGGAGGAUGUGUUGUAUGUCUCGCAGUUGCUGGUGACUCUGGAAAAAGCCCCCCUUUUAAAUUCUACCUUCCCAAAACAGUGCGUGUUGUUUAGGGAUGUUGUAUGUGAAAAACCAUGGGUGGCACCUAAUGCAGAGAGAUCCCUGUCUGCGUUGGGAUUUGUAGGUGCUGUUGCGAUCGAAGUCUGUCCCCGGUUGAUCUACGGCACAGCUUCCUGCAAGGUCUCUGCUCCGUUGUCACCACUGCAUCAUUUAAUGCAAGCCCCAAGCUCUGUAUUGGGUCCUGAGACCUUUGCUCCCUCUUCUGAACUUAAAAAGUAGAAAAUGCACUUGGGUUUUCACAGGCACUUGAGGCUUUUUUUGUCCGCUCCUGCGGCGGGGUCUCGCCGGGCCAGGCACGACUCCAGAGCAACACGGCUUCUAAUCGUUUUCUCCUCUGUGCGGGCUCGGUUCAGGCUUUGUUUCCAGGCGCUGUUUAUCAAGGACUUGUUGCAGGGUAAAAUCGGCUAAGUAGCUCUUGCUGUCUGUAAAGAGCAGCACCUACGUGCCCAUUAACAUUGCCACUUCUAACAAAACCCUCCCGCGGAGGGGGCUGGCUCUCUGCCUCUUCCUUCCACCUGUUGGCUCGAAUUAGUCAGCCUUUAUUUGCACGUUGAGGCAAAGUAUGCUGAAGAAGUGGCUACUUCUGUCCCCGAAUUUGCGUUUGGCUUAUCUGUACAGAGGCAGGCACAGUUUGCAUCGCCUGACUGCCUUGAAAUGCUGUUUGCUUUUUGCUGGGUUUCAUUUCCUAGCUAAACACGACAGGCCUGGCCGAGUGUCUGAACCAGCAUCUAUUGAAGUGGCUGGCAAAGCCGCUAUUACUUCCAACAGUGCCAGACAGCGCUGAAGCACUAGAUGUACCUAGUACCCGUGAAUAUGCUCUGGAAACAGACUCUUCUCCUCCAAGCGGCGUGGAAACGAGGAGUGGGAAGAAGUUGGAGUCCAGGAACUGUCGGGUAUGUUAGCUGAUCACGGAUUUAAAAAGUUGUUUGCCAUUGGCAAUCGGGGAAUGCAGAGUGCUGCCUCUUGGCUGCUUGGGCAGCUACUGAUUAAAAGAGCAUCUAUUUAUUUCAUGGUCAGGAAACCCUGGGAAGGGAGGUGACUGGAGCUUACUGUUCAGCCUGUCUAGGUCUGGCAUCUCCCAGUCAGGACAUCUCUGUGCACCUGAGCUACUCUGUGUUCAAGGCCAUUCCCCUGGGCUUCUUCAGGACACGGGGAGAGCAGGGCUUCAUUGACUGCCUGCCUGCUGUGCUUGCAGUGCACCCCUUUCUUGGCGUGCUUGCGGUGCUGAAGGUAGUUGUUCCUGGGCUCCUGAAGGGUGGUUAUGUGUUAGUACAUCCUCUGUGCGGGGUCUAAACCAAAGCAGCUGGCAAGCUAAUGCCUUGAAUUUAGGAGACACCUUUCCACUACUUCCCAAAAGUGCACACCUGUUACAAGGGCUUAAUCUUCUAAAUACAGUGGCGCUGGGCAAAGCGAUGAGACGGUGAUCUUGUCGAUCCUUGCGAGUGCCGGAUUCAUUAGGGGCCAGCAGCUGAACUGAGGGCAUCAUAAAUAAUGAAGUGCCUGGGGUGAGAAGGUAAUGGGAUAUAGAGAGCAAGCAGGAGCUAGACCAUAUGAUAGGGUUAAUGUUAAUGAGAGCGUUGCAUUGCGGGAGGAGUGGGCUCGGUAGUGUGCAUCAACCAUGAGCCUCUGGGUAGUAGUGAGUUGGUGAGGAAAGCGUUACGGCCCGAGUUGCUAUUUGCAUGUUGGAAGUUUUUCAACCUGGUGCCUGUUUUAAAGACACCUGCAGCAAAGCUGUGUGGAUGCUUCACUUCAAACCCUCACUUGCAGCUGUCCUGUUUAAAAAAAAAAAAAACAGCCCCGAACGCUUCUGCUCCAGCCUGAGAGCGGCGCAUAGUCCUAGUCCUGCUGGUGCCACGUUCAUUUCUCGUGCUAGGAGCGAGCAUCAUGGUACAAGCUCACUGCAAAAGGAAACAGUGCUAGUAAAAUAUGUCGCAUUGGCAUAGCUCGUUCAGACUGGGAGGAAAGGAGCGUGGCAUGGCGUGAUGAGCAAUGGCACCGGCCAGGCGGAGAGCAGCUUACCUUCAGCAGCAGGCUGCGUCCUGGUCCGGCACUGAAAACACAGGACGAUGUUGAGGGCUCCUGCUGCACAGCUGAUCUAGUGUAACACCUGCCUGGUUUCUCGAGUGCUUUGUGCCUCUGUUUAUGCUUCUGCAAAAUGGGUCUGAGUUCUGAAGUACGUGAAGUGUUUUCAGGGGUCAACUCCUAUUGUCGGAAGGAGGGAGCACGCGCAAGGUGUUGGGAUGUGCUGGGGACUCUGCUUGGCAUCCCGAGCGCUCCUGUUGGCAUUGCUGUAGCAGGCUACUCUGAGGGUUUGGCAGAAGAGACUUCCUCGAGACUUUGCCGAUCUGGCAUCCUUGUUCUGCCAGGACCUAGGUGCAAGGAUGGUGGGGGGGCGAGAGCUCGCAGAGUGGGCAUCAUGGGUGUUUGUAGCGUUCAGGCCUCUGAUGUUAACUCUCUGAAUUGCUCAACGGUGGUUCUUGAAAACACAAAAGCCAAUCUAAUAGUCUGUCUUUCCAGAGUCUCCCACUCUGCGUUUUCUCUUUCUUUUCCCUGGACUUCUUUUUUUAUAACUAUUGACUCACUCUUAAGAGCUCACAACUUGUGAGCGUGCUUUAAUUGUACGUAGGAGGGAUGUCCUGGCAGAGCAGGGGCAGCGUUUCUGAACGGUGGAUCUCGUGCACGCUUAGGGGUUCAGAGAGUAGAUUUAAUUUAAGAUGCCCUGCAAUGCGAUGUCGGAGUCCCGCUUGCCUGGACACCCUCGCCCUUCCCUGCCACCUGUCCUUGGGCCACUUUCUGCCCUGGGUAGGAUUCCUCCUUCCGCCGUGGUUGUCUGAAAACAGAGAAGGCCAGGCAAGGACUGGAAUAUGAAGACAGCCCACACGUCCGUCACGUGCACGCGGAGGGCUGACUACGAACGUCCAGCUCUGCUUUUAUCUUCCAGGGUGACUGCCUUGCACUGAAGUCAGCCUGGUGUAGGGGACUCCUUUGGGCAUGUCUUUCCAGUAGGUCAUCUCAUCUGAAUUGCUUAUUACAGAGGGGCUUUGAGUCCUCCUGGCUGCAAUUGGUUUUUUGUCCUCUCCUGUUCCUGCCUGGCUUAUAAGGCAGAGCAUUUGCUAUUGGCUAUUUUUAGCGUGGAAAGUUUUUUGAGAGGCCACGUGACCCAGUUGAGUUUGAACUGUGCCAGGCCCGUCCAGCACUCCUGCACCCAGAUGGUAUUAUUUCUUUAGCGCUGUAUGCAGUCUCUCCAAUUUGGCUGUAUAAUCAUGCAGCUUAUAAGGAGGCAGCACAGCCUUGCUCUUGAAGCCUGGGUCUCGGUCAGGAUGGCGUACUGUGCUUCUAGUUUGUCCGCUGACUUGCUCUGCGGCCCUUUUAAGUCACUCUCUCGACUCCUCUGUGCCUCGGUUUCCCUGCCUGGAGCGCGGUAUCCUCGCUCCUCUGUGCCUCGGUUUCCCUGCCUGGAGCGCGGUAUCCUAAAAUGCUUUGAUGGGAGGAACUCCUUCUGUCGUUGCAAGGUGGGGAGCCAGCAAAGCUGAAGUGAAGCACCAGCUAUCCCCUCCCUGCCAUGGUGCCUGCAAUAGCAGCAGACUGAACUCAGCUGCCCUGGAGAUCCCUUGGCUGCGCUGUGUCCGCCUGCUCCAAGUCUGCUGAGCGACACCUCUCAAAAGCACAAAUGGUGACCGAUUGUAAAGCCGAGGAGGCCGAUUGUGGGAUGUUUUGAAAAUCGGCUGAAGCAGAUGCUUGCUGGGCUUGUUUCUGGAUCCCAAGUGCUGGGAUCCUUGGCCUGCCUUGUAAACCUUGUGCUGUUUAACAUUUGUAGCCUUAUAAGGAUCUGUACACUGAAGGGUUGUCUGCCCUGGCAAGGGAGCAAGCCGGCUUGAAACACUGAUCACGUCCGAGACCCUAAUGCAAACAAGUGGAAUGAGUUUUGUGUCCUCGACUUUCUUGAAGGUGUAAUUGCUGAGGCUGUUCAGGAUGGCUUUACGCUUCCGCAGGUUCUUGCCUUACGCCUUGCCUGGAGUGCUGGCGCUGAUCGGAUGGUGGUGGUUCUUUUCUCGUAAAAAGGAGCGUGAAAGCAAUCAUGAUAGGCAAGUCUUGGUCGGCGUGGAAGAGCAGAGGAUCAAACCCCCCAAAAAGGAGCCUUCAUCAGGAGAGGAACCAAAUGUCCUCAGGGUGCUUCCUGUGCUGGCGGCAGAGGGCCGCCCAGAGAAUGAAACCUUUCCUCCCAAGCCAUUGUUGGGGUCAGCGACUCCUCCUCCUCUCUCGCUUCAAACUCUCGAGGGGUCAGAUUCGUCCGAGAACCUUCCUGCCACAGCAAUGACGGCCGUUGAACUCAACACGUUGGAUGACGACAGUGACAAACUGGAAAGAGCGGUGUCUCGGGAGCAAAGCGGGUCCCCUGCACAGGUAUCUCCCCCUCUAGUCCUGGAGAGCGUUGAGUCGACUUCCAGUGCAACUCUCGGCCAGCAGCCACUGGUGUGUCCAGCAUUGGAGUCGGCUCAAGAGCCUUUUGGAAAGAUUGGGGGACUGGGUGAAGUGGAAACGACUUGUGAUUCUUUGAAGAGGCCGCCCCGGGAAACCCAGUGCCCAGAAACUAUGUCUGUGGACCCCAGCCUUUCACCAGCCCCCUGCCCAGAGCCGGGCAAGGAAGCUGAUUCCCAGCCUAUCACUCCUGAUGAAGAGGAUCAGAGGGAGGUUGAAGGAGUUGAUUUAGAGCAAAGAGAGUCUGAAGUUGGGAUGUUCCCGAAUAGCUGUGCGGAGUCUGUCUGCUCGGAGCCAUCCGGGAAAGAGAUGUCUGAGUCGACUGGCAGUACUGUACCUAAGUGUCAGGGAAGGGAAGACCAGCACUCCCUGUAUACACAGUUGAAAGGAGAUGGUUUGCAAAAAGGGUUGAAAGGAGAUGGUUUGCAAAAAGAGAGAACUGGAGGAGUGAGUUUGGACAAAGAUGAAGUUGAAAAAAUUGAGCAAGUUGCUAUACAGAUUAUUUCUAAGGUCAUCUUAGCGGCCACUGGGGAAGUGCUGUCUGGGUCGGUAAGUGAUGUGUCCAGUAGGCUUUGUCAGGUUGCAGCCAGUCACGCUGAUAGACCUCAGGAGAGAGCAAGCACCGUGCCGUUGGAUCCAACACCUGCGGCAGAGCCCAGCAGAGAGAGCGAGGCUGCCGCUGCCCAGAGCAUCACCGCAAUACCCGCACCUGGAGCAGAAGAGAAACUCGACAGUUGCAUGACUUUCUCCAGCUACUUGACACAUGGUUGCUUAUCUCACCCUGUUCAGGUAGACCCGAAAGACCCUCAACCAAAGAGGUCUGCACAUGGCGAGGUCCCAGGAGCCCGUCGGACUUUGGUCGCAAAAUGCCAAGCGUCAUUGGAGGAGUCGCCUCCGGUGAUGGAGGACUCUGGGUGCAGUGCGUGCACGUCGGAAGAUGGGAUGAGCAUGGAGGAUCCGUUGCAGAGCACCUCCUUGUCUCUCCUGGCAGGCCAGCAUACGGACUCGCUGAGCACGUCUGCCAUCCAGGAUACUUCCAUCGAGCAGAGCUUGGUGCCCAGUGAGAAGCCUGCCACCCCCAAGUUACCAGAAGAUGACAAAGUGCCAUAUAGUAAUGGGAUGUUGAAAGAGGACAGUCCGGAUCUGAGACACGAGAGGAACUGGACCACGGAGACGGAUGCAGACCACUCGGGAGGUUCAGAUGUAAACAGCAUGGAUUCAGUGGACAGUGGCUGUGCCCUUGGGAAGACGGAGACUCGCCAGAACUCCAAGCCAGGAGUAGAAUCAAAUAAGUCGGAGCUCGCUAUCUGGGAGAUAGAGGUGCCAAAGCACUUGGUUGGCCGGUUGAUUGGCAAGCAGGGGAGGUACGUGAGUUUCCUGAAGCAAACGUCCGGUGCCAAAAUCUAUAUCUCAACACUACCGUACACCCAAGACUUCCAGAUUUGCCACAUAGAAGCUGAUGCUCCCCGAUGGAGUCACCGUAGAGGUGGUUGUGGUUAACCAGGUCAACGCGGGACACAUGUUUGUACAGCAGCACACUCACCCCACCUUCCACGUCCUGCGCAGUCUGGACCAGCAGAUGUACGUCUGCUAUUCGCAACCGGGAAUCCCGACUUUGCCGACGCCAG